AUGUCGAAUCAAGAAGUCGCCAUUGCUGUGUCGGACGCGGACGUCAAUCGCGAUCAUGGUGGCGAUGUCACCGGAACGCUGGAGUCAGUAGCACCCGAUACACCACAUGCUGGCGGAAGAAUGGGUCUCUUUGCAAGACGCUCCACUGGCCCAGUUCAACCUCCCCCGGGCAUCAAUGUCACUGGAUCAUCCGCCAGUUUGGGAAGCAAGGUCAACUUUAUGACAGAUUCCACUGAUGUUAUCAAGACUCGUCCCGACAACUCGAUACUCAAAGUCAAUCACAACCCAUCAUCUAAUUGGACUAGUCAACGGAAUCCAUUGCUACAAGCUGCCAAUACAAAUAACAAUAGCAUGUCCCGAGACGGUUCACUACAAGCUUCAAACGGCCCCUCUCAUCGGAGAUCCAGUCUCACGGGCCUAGGAAAUAAGAUUUCAGUCAUGGCAAGUCGAACACUAUGGGCCAACGGUCCCGUCGAUGAUGACGAGAAGGACGAUGACAGAUAUCCUGCAGAGAAACGGCAACAACAAAACGGCUCGAGAGGAAAACUUGCUGCAAUGAGCAAUACACAUACUCCAAACCCAAAGAUUAUGGCUACCAGCAAUAUGAACGACAGGGAGGAGGACGAUAUGGAUCAAGCAGAAGAACUCGCCAAAUUCAAACAAAUCAACUUGCAACAACGUGCACCGUCAACAAGUUCUUCUGCUGGAUCGUUUAACGCCCAAUACCCGAAUGCUCGUGAAUUAUCAGAGACGCUGCUGAUGAAGAUUCAGGAAAUGAAGUGGAGUCUGGCUGCUUUGGCCGCUAAUUGUUUCUUGCUUUGGUUGGUGUCAAGUCUGCAGAAUGGAUUGCAAGUGCCGUUGGAUGUAUCCACUAUUGGAACCGUAGCUAGUGUUGUCUGUGAAGUUGUAUUGCUUAUCGCAAACGUGCUUACUCUUAUGGCCUUGAAUGAUGGUGCUUCCGCUUACUUUGGUUACUUGCUGGUUUCAAAACGCGGAUUUUCAUAUGUAAUUUGCGGAUUUGCUCAAGCUCCACCAUUCAGAAAAUGGGGGUUUGCAAACCAACUGUCGCUCAAUUCUUCAUGUCGAGGUCUUUUGGCUAGAAUCUCCUUACUAUGGAUGUUGGCUGAGAUGCUCAAGUUAAUGACUCCCAUUAGUGCUACAUCCUUGUGGGGAGUGUCUCAACGAGUCGAUCAAGGAAAUAUUGAUUGCAUUCUGUUUAAAGAACAAAAUAAUCCCGUGGAUCGACUUUUCCCUACUGUAGACAGUGAAGCUGGCUUUGCCGAAAGUAGUUUCGGUUCAGCAUUGGGCUACGUGCGAUCUGAAGUCACCACACUAAACGUUACUACCUUCGUGAUGGCACCACAAAUUAUUGGAGCUGUCAAUGACGGCGAUACGAUUGUAGGUAGUGGAUAUACCACUGAUAUUUCAACAUCUUGUACUUGUUCUCCGUCAAUCAGUGCUGCCGGAUUCCAAGCUGCUGGUGUUCCCUCUGCUGAUGCUGCUACAGUAUACGCUGAUUAUAUGGCCAUUACAUCUUCUAUGGGUCUCGCAUCCGUUGUUAAUUACAAUGCCACUGCAGUCGUUAUUCAUAGUGCCCUUCUUGGAAGUGGGUUAUGCGGUGGAAUCAAUCAAACCCAAUUUACAUUAAUCUGUGAAACCACAAUGAGCAACCAUUCUGCUAGCACUAUUCGAGUCUCUUACAUGACUGACGGCACCACGGCAUCAGUUGCUCAAAGAAAUGUUGACGUUUUAAGUAUCGACUCAACAGCCAACAUGACAUGGGUGCAGACUGCCAUGUAUGCUAUAAUGGGUGGCAAAUACUCGUCCAUCAAUCUCCUCCAAACGGUGCCUGGGACUCUAAACACAUUAAUGUGGUGGACGUCCACUGAUUUAGUCGCCAUCAAUCCCAAUUACGUCGAAGCCGGUCUUGAAACUACCUUUUCAUUACUGCUUCGUGCGGGGACUCAACGGACGUACACCACGCAUGGCUCUUCUUGUAUCCGAAACAUACAAGUUGGCGGACAAUCAAUAUUGCUGAUGAAGAGCUACGGAGUCAUUUCCACGGUCAUAUCGCUUUCGUUGCAACUUGUCUUCACCGUGAUAUCCAUUCUCUGCUUCUUCCCUUGGCUAUUUUCUUCCACACCUAUUGGCCCCGGCGUGAGACUUGUGAAGGAAACUAUCUACUCUAGUACUAUGUUGAUGAACUCACCACUUGGAGAAGGAUUACAGCAGUGCUCUAACGCUCAAAGUCAUUCUAUAUGGCAAGCUUUGGACAAGACGUGUCGUAUCGGAGAGGCGGUUACCACACUGGAAGAAUUGGUUGGAAGAUUGACAUUGAUGAAGCCAAUACCAUCAUAUCUAGCACGAACACAACAACUGGCAAAAGCUCAAGCUCUACAUCCAAAUGGUGUUGUGUUGCUUCAAGUUGGAUCAUUCUUUGAGAUUGGAGAUACGCCUGGAUAUCAACCGUACGUAGAAGAAGUCGCUCAAAUUCUCAAUUUGAGGAUUGGACAUAGAAGUCGACCUGUAAAUAGUACUGAGGACAAUCGAAUUGUGGGGUUUCCGACCUCCAAUUUACGGCGUUCAGUAGAUAUUUUGCUAGAUCAUGGAAAGACGGUUGUUAUAGUCGAGCAGCGUGGACGGCAUUCGACGAAAGCUCACUUCUUGAGGGAAGUGGCAAGAGUUGUUACGCCAGGAACGCCGUUAGAAGACUGGCAGGAAUCUAAAGAGAAUCAUUUUCUCUUGUCGUGUCAGAUACAAGAUAAUGUAGUAGGACUAGCGUGGGUAGAUGUAUCGACUGGAGAAUUCUUCUUGGGUCGGUGUAAACUGUCUGAACUCGAGUCUGUAACUAGUCGCAUCACUCCACGUGAAGUCUUGUUUGCCGAGAGCUCUAGAUCCACCGACGCAAUAUCGUAUAUCAAUGACUUGUCUAGUAGAACAGGUCUCGCUGUAUCGUUUGUAGAAGAUUCAUUCUUUGAUGCCAAACAAGGAAGUAAACGGUUGACUUCACUACUAGUCAAGGCUGAUCCAACGAAAUCUUUAGCUAAGCGUGCCAAACUCCCGACUACUGAUGCCAUACUACGGAAAUAUCAUGAUUCUCAAAUUUCUGCCGCUGGUGCUUUACUGGGUUACGUGAUUCGAAAUUAUGCAGGGGCAGAGCUUGUCUUUCAAACGCCGCUAUCAAUGGACGAUGAAAACUGUAUGGCUUUGGAUGGAUCUACCUUGCAGGCUUUAGAAGUCACCUCAACUUUACGAGAACGGAAACGAGUUGGAAGUCUUUUGCAUGUAUUAGAUGAGACAGUGACAGCUGCUGGUGGACGGUUACUCACAUCUAGGCUUCGCAGUCCAUCCACCUCUGAAGCAGAAAUCAAUCGUCGACUAGACCUAGUCGAUUAUUUUGCCAAAGACACACACUUGUGCGAUGAGAUACGAUCAUUAUUACGAAACUGUAAAGAUGUAGAGCGGGGCAUUCAGCGUUUGCACGUUGAUGCUACUUCACCGCAAGACUUUUCGAAUGUUAUACGGACAUUAGCACAAAUAGGCCAAGUCAAGGAUAUUCUGACUCGAAAUAUCGCUCCUCCCGCAUUAAGUCACAUCAUCAGCAAUAUGGGUAGUUUUGAGCCACUUAUAGAACAAUACGAUGGAAUAUUUGAGGAAGGCAAGCACGAUGAAACAAGUAUCUCGGAGGGCGGAAUAGUGUCCCUUUCCUUCUCUCCAGAUAUCGCAUCGUUGGAUUUAAAGACGAAACAACUGCAAGACGAAAGACAUGCUUUAGCUAUUGAACUCUUGUCUCAGUAUUCAAUCAAACAUGUAAAGAGCAAUAGCAGCAAGGAAGCUGCAGCCUCUGUAAUAGAUUCAGAGAUAUUGAAGGUUGAUCCAAGAGAAGGUCCUAUAAUAGAUGUGUCUCGAACUCGCAGUGUGCCACCGAAUGAGGUGGAUGUGAAUAGUGAUGUUGAUUGUAAACGAGUGUCGAGUAUGGGUGGUAUUGUCAUGCGUCGAUUGAUGACUGCAAAAAGACUGAGAUUUACUCACCCGGCAUGGACCGAUUUGUACUCGAGGAUUGGAGAGCUGGAGGCAAGAAGGAUCGAAAUUGAGCGGUCAAUAUUAAGAGAUGCAUGUGAAGAACUCAAGGGCUAUACUCUUGCCAUUGGAAGUGCUUCAAAAGCUAUGGCUGAAGUUGAUGUUUCAGUUGCAUUGGGUAUCUUAGCGCGUGAGAAACAAUAUGUGAGGCCUACUCUGGUGAAUGAGGCCGUUCACGAUGUCCAAGGAGGUCGACAUCCUGUAGUUGAGGUGGCUCAGCGUGAACGUGGAAUUCAGUUUGUCAAGAAUGACUGCUUCAUUGGGAAAGAGUCCAGAAUGUGGCUUCUGACUGGGCCAAAUAUGGGCGGAAAGAGCACCUUUCUUCGACAAUGUGCGCUCAUGUCCAUAAUGGCUCAAGCCGGAAGCUUUGUAGCAGCAGAUUCUGCCCGUUUGGGUAUAGUCGAUGCUAUCUUUUCAAGAGUGGGUGCUGCUGAUGAUCUUGGUAGAAAUCAAUCAACCUUUAUGGUUGAAAUGGAAGAGACUGCUACGAUUCUGAAGAAAGCCACGAGCAAAAGUUAUGUGAUUAUGGAUGAAGUUGGUCGAGGAACCAGCACAUUGGAUGGGGUUGCUAUUGCACAUGCAGUUCUGGUUUAUUUACGAGAUCAGAUACAAUGUUGUGGAGUAUUUGCCACACAUUAUCAUGAGCUCGGAUCCUCUGUUGGUGCUAUCAACUCGAAUAGUAAAGCGACGGUCGAGGGUGUCGCUAGUCAUCAUACUUCGAUUCACGUUGACGAGGAUGGCCGGUAUACCUAUAUAUACAAGAUAAUGCCGGGGGUUAUGAGCACAUCUCAUGGUAUUGAAGUGGCUCGAUUGGCAGGUUUGCCAGAUCAAGUCCUUGACAAAGCCCAACAAGUAAGAGCAGAAUUGGCAUCAUCCGCUGUAUUUAUGUAG